GGCUCUCAGUGCGCCUGCGCGCGGGCUGGGCGCCGCGGUUCUUAAGCGUGCAGUGCCGGACUCCAGGUGCAGUCAUGCAGGGAGCCGACUCCGAGCAGCCGGCUAAGCGGCCGAGACAGGAUGGCAGCCCAAGGACCCCACCAAACACUCGUUCCGCAGGGGCAGACAGGUCACCUGGCCCGGAACUCCACCCCGACCACAAGACCUGGGGCCCGGAGCAGGUGUGCUCUUUUCUAAAACGCAAUGGAUUCACAGAGCCGGGACUGCUGAAAAACUUUCGAGAAAAUAAAAUUACGGGUUCAUUACUGCCCUAUCUUGAUGAGUCUCAUCUUGAAAAUCUUGGAGUAAGUUCCUGUGGGGAGAGAAGGAAGCUGCUUAGUCAUAUCCAGCGACUGAGUCAAACUCUCACUGAUACAAUGAAGGUAAUUAAUGAUCCUAUCCAUGGCCACAUUGAGCUCCACCCUCUCCUUAUCCGAAUCAUUGAUACACCUCAGUUUCAGCGGCUUCGAUACAUUAAACAGUUGGGAGGCGGUUACUAUGUUUUUCCAGGAGCUUCACACAAUCGAUUUGAGCACAGUCUUGGGGUAGGGUAUCUAGCAGGAUGUCUAGUUCGUGCACUAUAUGAAAAACAACCAGAGCUGCAGAUAACUGAACGAGAUAUCCUCUGUGUUCAGAUUGCUGGGCUUUGUCAUGAUCUUGGUCAUGGGCCAUUUUCUCAUAUGUUUGAUGGAAGAUUUAUUCCACUUGCUCGCCCAGAGGUGAAAUGGACGCAUGAACAGGGCUCAGUUGAGAUGUUUGAACAUUUAAUUAAUUCUAAUGGACUCAAAGCUGUCAUGCAACAAUACGGUCUCGUCCCUGAAGAAGAUAUUUGCUUUAUCAAGGAACAAAUUACAGGACCACUUGAAUCACCUGUCAAAAAAAAUUCUUUGUUCCUGCAGGAGGUUGGAAAUCUGUACGACAUGUUCCACACUCGGAACUGUUUACACCGUCGAGCUUAUCAACAUAAAGUUGGCAACAUCAUUGAUACAAUGAUUACAGAUGCUUUCCUCAAAGCAGACCCCUACAUAGAGAUCACAGGUGCUAAAGGAAAAAAGUAUCACAUUUCUACAGCAAUUGAUGACAUGGAAGCCUUCACUAAGCUGACAGAUAACAUUUUUCUGGAGAUUUUAUACUCUGCUGAUCCCAGGUUGGAUGCAGCGAGAGAGAUUUUAAAAAAUAUUGAAUGCCGUCAUCUAUAUAAGUAUGUGGGUGAGACUCAGCCAAGUGGACCUGAGAGGAUUAAAAGGGAAAACUAUGAAUGUCUUCCAAAAGAGGUUGCUGACUCUAAACCUAAAGUAUCACUGGAAGCUGAACUGAAGGCUGAAGAUUUUAUAGUAGAUGUUAUCAACAUGGAUUAUGGAAUGGAAGACAAAAAUCCUAUUGAUCAUGUUCGCUUCUAUUGUAAGAGUGAUCCCAGCAAAGCAAUCAGGAUUACUAAAAAUCAGGUUUCACAGCUUCUGCCAGAGCGAUUUGCAGAGCAGCUGAUUCGAGUAUACUGUAAAAAGACAGAUGAAAAGAGUUUGUAUGCUGCACAACAACAUUUUGUUCAGUGGUGCAUAAAUAAAAACUACACCAAGCCACAGGAUGGUGAUAUUGUAGCUCCACUUAUAACACCUCAAAAGGAGGAAUGGAAUUACACAAUUACAGCCCCAGCUCAUACCCGAGAAGCAUCCAGAACCAGUGCAAGCCGGAGCCUGGCUUUUUAAGGAUGGCUCAGUGUGAAUGUCUGUAGUCUGCUGGCUGCAAAAAGCAUUCCCCCAACGCAAUUAGCUUAGGGACGUCAAUCAUAGAGUUCCACAAAGUUAGUGACAACUGUGCUUUUUAUUCUGUAUUUUGAAUGUACGCACAUGCUGCAGCUUAGUAAUUUUUAUUCAAAGAAACAAAAAGAUACCAGGCAAAUCUUGCUUUAUAUGCUAUGAAAAACAUUGC